AGGAGCGGGAGGGGCAGGAGAACGAGGGGUCGCCAUGGUUACCGUCGGACCGUAAAGUUCGUGUGUGGUUCCGAAACCCCGCACAGGUGCUGCCUGUGUCCCGCCGAGCUGCGCUCCGGAUGGAGACGAGCGUCGUGUAGAAGCCGACGAAGAAGCUGUUCUCCGGCAACAAGAUGGAGUUCGAGGUGACGGAGACGGUUCGCUCGACUCCGAGCCGCUACGAGAAAAGUUUGGGUCGCCUCACCAUGAAGUUCGUCAGUCUGCUUCAGGAGGCAGAAGACGGCGUUCUGGAUUUGAAAGUGGCAGCAGACAGUUUGGCCGUGAAGCAGCGGAGGAGGAUCUAUGACAUCACCAACGUGCUGGAGGGCAUUGGACUGAUCGAGAAGAGAAACAAGAACAUGAUUCAUUGGAGGGGGAAGAACCGGCAGUGUCAAACCCAGGAGGUGCUUCAGCAGCUGGACAGUCUGAAGCUCCAGAUCUCAGAGCUGGAGGCCCAGGAGAAGCAGCUGGACGCCCAGAAGUUGUGGCUGGAGGAGAAUCUCAAGCAAAUCAGCGGAGACUUUGUCACCAGCAAAUACAGAUACGUGACGCACGAAGACCUUUGUAACGCUUUCAAAGGCGACAAUCUCCUGGCUGUCAUGGCCCCGGCUGGCUCCCAGCUGGAGGUGCCCUUACCUGAAGUGGGUCAGAGCGGUCAGAAGAAGUACCAGGUGAACCUGCGCAGCUGCUCGGCUCCCAUCCAGGUCACGUUCAUCAGCCGGGACUCCUCGUUGGUGACGCCCAUGGCCUUCUCCGUGCCUCCCAGCGACAACAUCUACUCAAUGCCGAGCCCACCCAGCACCCCAGCUAGUGUGCAGAGGAUCCCCCUCUCCACUUCCAUGUACUCCAACUCCUCUGCCUACUGCAGCCAGGACUCUUCCUGCUCCGACCACCAGAUGGAGCUGCCCAACCAGGAUGCGCUGACCCUUACGCCGGCUUCGCCUGGUCCACACACAGCGUGUUUCACGCAGACGCAGCCCGUGUGCGAGCAGCAGAUGGACCUGAACGGCCCAGACUUCCACUCUGUCCUGGAUAUGAGCAGCCUCCUGAAACUCAACACUUCUGGGGACCACAUGAGGGAAGAGCGAGACGAAGCGGUUGACCUCAUCGACGAGCUCAUGUCCUCUGAUGGUUUGGACUACAGCUUCAACCUGGAUGAGACCGAGGGCGUGUGCGACCUCUUCGAUGUUCAGAUCCUCAAUUACUGACAGACUCAGCUUCUGUAAGUCCCUAAGUUCUCAACAGUUUGUUCUCAAAAUGGAGCCCAAAAAUGUAUGUUCUGUGGAAUGAAGGUGAAAGUACCGCAGCGCUUGUGUUGGCCUGUGUUCAUGUUCCAAGUGUUUCUGGCUGCUUCUGAGUAUGGGCUUGUGUCGGCUCCGCAUCCAGUUUAUAAUGUUUGAAUGAGUUCCGUUGGGAAUGUAAUGGUCCAAAGCGAUGUUCAGGGUCAUCAGAGAAUUUAUUUUUCUUAUUUAAUUUAUGAUCGUUAUGAGCACCAAAUCUGGUGCGCCGCCUUAAUUCCACAUUAAUUCUAAUGCAAAAUGUGAUAUGUUUGAUUCUCAACAUGGUUUUGUUGUUUGCACAUUUUAUUUCAAUAAAUGAGGUUAAGUGCUAUUCCCUGCCUUCAGAU